UUUAAUACGGAGUAUUUUAUUUACAAAUUAGUAUAAAAAUAAAAAUACAAAUUAUGUAUUUAAAAAAAAUUAUACAAAAAUUUUACAAAAUAAAUGGUGAUAAGAAUAUUUUAUUUUAUCAAUCUGUAAUUCUCUAUCAAAAAAUACAUUAAAUCAAAUAAAAAUUAUGCCAUAAUACAUUCAAUUUCACCUGUUCUAAAGCCCCUCGGCUUCAUACCUCCCGCCGCAAACCAGCCCUCCUCCACUCUCAGCGACGUCCCCUUACGCUGCCAGCCCACUCGCCGUGCCUCCGCCUCAGACCAACGCCCCCACUCGCCGUACCUCCAACGACGCCGGCCACCUCCAAACGACGACGUCUCCCUUCCAAACGAAGACGCUUCCGGCCCGCCCACCUACGGCAGAUUUCCGUCCACAUUUGCCUCAGCCUUCUCCCGGUUUUGGACGCCCUCCCUCCAGCCUUUUCUCCUAAACCCACCCUUUGAAUCAGGCCUCUGCUACCUUAAACGUUCUCCAUAGAGUAGUGACCUAAGCGUAGUGGAUUGCCUGCUUGGUGUUUGUUGGAAAGUUUAAACGAGAAGUUCGCUGUUGAUAUGGAGGAAGCAACGGAACAAAAGAAGAAAAGCGAGACGAAUAAGGUGCCAGUACUGCCAUGGAUGAGAAGCCCAGUUGAUAUUUCUGUGAUUGAUGAGUGCCCUCUCAACCAUCUCCCCUUUCUUGACCCCAGGUUGGAGGCAGCUUUGAAGGAAAUGAGCAUAACUUCUCUCUUUCCAGUACAAGUUGCUGUUUGGCAAGAGACGAUUGGACCUGGCUCUUUUGAGCGAGACCUUUGUAUAAAUUCUCCUACUGGGAGUGGGAAAACUAUUUCCUAUGCAUUGCCAAUUGUGCAGAUGCUUUCAAAUCGUGCUGUAAAAUGUCUCCGUGCAUUGGUGGUGUUGCCCACUCGUGACCUGGCCCUACAGGUUAAGGAAGUUUUUGAGGCUCUUGCACCAGCAGUAAAUUUAUCUGUUGGCUUAGCAGUUGGGCAAUCUUCCAUAGCUGAUGAAAUUUCACAGCUUAUAAAGAAACCAAAGUUUGAUAAAGGCAUAUGUUAUGAUCCAGAAGAUUUUCCUCAGGAAUUGCAGAGUGGUGUAGACAUACUUGUAGCAACACCAGGAAGGCUGAUGGACCACAUUUACAAUACCAAGGGGUUUACGCUUGAGCAUUUAUGUUACCUUGUUGUUGAUGAAACAGAUCGGUUACUUAGGGAGGCAUAUCAAUCCUGGCUCCCCACUGUCCUCCAUUUGACUCGUUCUUGUGAUACGCUAUUCCCUUCUGACAAUUUUUCUCCCUGUGCUUUUAGUGCCUUGAAGACAAUUCGGAGAUUCGGUGUUGAAAGAGGAUUCAAGGGUAAACCUUUCCCAAGGCUCGUGAAGAUGGUCUUGUCUGCGACAUUAACCCAAGACCCCAGCAAACUAGCUCAGCUUGAUCUUCAUCAUCCUCUGUUCCUAACAACAGGGGACAUGCGCUAUAAGCUCCCCAAACAUCUAAAAUCAUUUAAAGUGAUAUGCGAAUCAUCACUAAAACCACUAUACCUGAUAGCUCUUCUUAAAGCUUUGAAAGGGGAGAAAUCCAUCGUAUUCACUUCAUCUGUGGAAUCAACUCACAGACUAUGCACCUUGCUUAACUUUUUUACUGAUUUGCAAAUUCAGAUCAAGGAGUAUUCACGUCUUCAGCGACAGUCAACAAGGAGCAAGACACUAAGAGCCUUCCGCGAGGGUGAAGUUCAAGUACUCAUUUCUUCUGAUGCAAUGACACGUGGAAUGGACGUUGAAGGAGUGAGAAAUGUUAUUAAUUAUGAUAUGCCUGCAUAUGUAAAGACCUAUAUACACCGGGCUGGACGAACUGCAAGAGCUGGACAAAUUGGAAACUGCUUCACAUUGUUGCGUAAAGAUGAGGUCAAGAGAUUCAACAAAAUACUACAAAAGGCAGACAAUGAUUCUUGCCCCUCUCAUCCUAUUGAAUCACAAGCAAUAGAGUCGCUUCGGCCCGUAUAUACGUCAGCUUUGGAGAAAUUGAAAGAAAGCGUGGAAUCCGAAAAAUACAAGAAGCGGCGUCCGAGUUCGAAGCCUUCUAAAACGGGUAAACGGGACCGGGAGUAGUCCCAACUUGAAAGAGAGCUUUGGAACCCAAUGUAUUGAACAUCCAUUGAUCAAUUGCAUGCAAGUUUUCACACUCCAAUACAUUAAUGUAGGUAAC